AUGUCGGACGAUGAUUUGGUACCGGAAGAUGAACAAGAUGGAGAACUUUGCCCUACCAUCUUAUUAUCAAAGGAGGAAAAAGCAAGGCUGCGAAGGCCUUGGUUGAACGCCCUAAUUAUAAAAUUAUUCGACAAGAGAUUAAGCUACGCAGUUCUUAUUAGAAGACUCAGAUUGAAAUGGAACCUGAAGGGAGCUAUUGCCCUUACUGAUGUAGGGUGCGCAUACUAUGUUGUUCGGUUCUCAUCCUUGGAGGAUUAUGACUUUGUGCUAACCCAAGGUCCAUGGAUGAUUGGGGAGAGUUACCUCUCGAUUCGUAAAUGGGUUUCGAAUUUUGUCCCAGACGAAUCACCAAUUAAGACCCUCACAGCAUGGGUUCGAAUACCAAAUCUCUCAGUGGAGUACUUUGAUAGACAGUUUUUACAAAGAAUUGGAGAGAAAAUUGGGAGAGUGGUUCGAAUUGACAAAAACACGGAAUCAGUGGAUAGAGGACAAUACAUCAGAUUCUGUAUUGAAGUUGACCUCACAAAACCUCUGCUAGCCAAGUUCAGGUUGAAUGGACGUAUAUGGAAAAUACAGUAUGAGGGUCUGCGUUUAAUUUGCUUUAAAUGUGGGCACCUAGGGCACAAAUACAGUGAUUGCACUAUGUUCAGAAGUCCUCCAGAGCAACAGAUGGUAUCAGCCAACAACGGUGAAGGAAGCGUAGCUGUGAGUAAAGAAGUUGAUACUAGACGUAAACCAGAAGAGGCAGACCAGUAUGGUUCGUGGAUGUUGGUACAGAAAACAACGAGGAAGUAUAACACUAGACCGCGGAAUGGUGCUAACAAACAGGCGCAACAGCAACAGGAGACUAGAGUUCCAGUUUCUAAAACAACCCAAAGUGCGAAUGAUAGAACAAACCAGGGACAUGCUCAACAACAGGAAACAGGUAGGAACGACCAAUUAAAUGGGUCACGGUUUGCAAUUCUAGAUCAGGGAGACAACAUUGUGUCGGAGGGAGAACAUGAAAGGAAUGCUACGAUGGUUCAAGUUGAAAGUAACUCAGGGCAAGCAUCUUUGGGCAUUCCAAUAAAUUUGGGAGAGGAUGGAAUAAAUGGAGAAAUUGAAGGAAGAGGUGACAGGGACGAGCAUGUGGUUGCUAGCCCAGGAAUUAUUUUGCCCACAGUGGAUUUGGGUUCCACAGGACAAUCGAUCCCUAUUGAUCGACGGAGUUACAAUAACUAG